UUUAAUGCUCUUUUCAUUCGCCAACAUAACGUUGUUGUGGCAAUUGGCAAAUUUUAUUUAUUCGCCAUUUUAAUUUGUUUUUAUAGAUAUUUGUUUGUAAUUUAUGCCCAUCUAUUUCGCAAAUUAAGCAAAGAAGAAAAAAAUUAUUUGAUUUUGUGUCGUUUUCUCUGUAAUAAAACUGAAAAAGAAUCAAUCAUACCAUGUUGUGGAAGAAGGAAUCGAGUGAGUCCGGUGAGCGUUUUGUCGAUCUCUUUGAAUCCAUCGACGAGAAAGGUCGUCAGGCCGUUGACCGCUUGAUAUUGGAUGAAAUGAAAGUAUAUGAAACAUGUAAAGGCAAUAUUGUUUCAAACGAAUGGCGUCGGCUAGGGACUGAGUGUUUUCACUCUGAAAAUUGGUUGCAAGCAUUGACUUAUUACAAUCGAAGUUUGCGUCAUGCUGAAGUUGGAUCGGAAAGUGUUGCACUUGCUUAUACAAAUAGAUCGGCAUGUUUUUUUCAAUUAAAAAGGUACAAAGAAGCCAUAACUGACAUUGAACUUGCUUUAGGAAGUGCAAAUCUUCCCGCCAAAUGGAUACCGAUACUUAAAGCACGCAAGAAAAAAUGCCAUCAAAUUCUAUCGAAUUUAAUUCAAUUGAAAAAAAAUGAACCAAAACUUAGCUACAAAUCAAACAAAAAUCACCCGUACAUAGCAAAUGUGCUCAAAAUCCGAUAUACCGACAAAGAUGAUAAUCAUUUGGUUGCAACGCGGGAUAUUCCUGUGGGGAAAACCGUUUUAUUGGAAGAAGAUUACUUAUCAAGCUACAAAUGGGAGCACGCUUGCGAGACGUGCUGGGUUCCUGGAGAAAAAACAAGUCUCAUACCUUGUAACGAAUGCGCACUCGUGACAUUUUGCAGCACCAAAUGUCAGAAGAUGAAUAGAACGCAUAAAUUGGAAUGUGGUUCGGUUUUAAAUGCAGAACAUGCAACUACUAACAGGCUGAUCAUUCAAUCAAUCUUACGGGCCAUCGCAACUUUUCAUAAUAUCAAAAGUCUCAUGGAAUUUGUUGGAAAGAUCUUGCUCGAGGUUUCGAAAAAAUUGCCGGAUUCAACGCUUGAUGAGAAGUCAAUGUAUCACUGUUUCUUCAAAUUGGAACGAGACAAUGUGUUGCAUGAUGAACAAUUGCCCACAAUUUAUCAAUUGUAUAGAUUCAUAAUGAAAAUGCCAAAAGUUAAUGUCAUGUUUGAAACAGAAGAAAAAAGACGCUUUCUCAUGCACUUGGUCGCUCAUCAUUUCAAUAUCGUUAUGGAACAUUCGUAUGACUUGCGACAUGGAAAAGUUCUUCCCCUGUUUACAAGUCGAUUGGGUCAUUCGUGUGCAGCGAACCUCAUGUUAAUUAUUGGAAAUGAUUAUCAAUUCUGUAUAACUUGUCGACCGGUGAAAAAAGGUGAAAUGCUGUGUUAUAGCUACUUGCCCAUAACGAUGCCAAUGGAAAAACGUCAUGCAGCUCUAAAAUUAGGUUUUAAAAUUACAUGCAAAUGCGAUGAUUGUGUCCUACCUACGCUACCAAUCGAUUCAGAAUUGAUCACAUUGGAUACAGAUUACAGAUUCAUUAUGAAAAACUAUACUAGCAACGUGUAUUGUCCCGUUGAGCGCGAAUGCAUCGAGUUUUUGAACAAAUUUGGCCAUCUUUGGAGCAGUGAAAUACGAAGUAUUUACAUUAUUUAUCUUACAACUACUUAUUCUCUCCACAGUGCAAAAUAUUGAUCCAAAUUAGGAUUUUUUUUUAAAUAUUCGUUUUACUUUAACAACAUUUUAUUUAUGUCCAGUUUACAAGAUAUUUCCAAUAAUUGAUACUACAAUUUUUAAGAACGUACUGAAAAUGAAAU